AUGUCUCUCAACGAUGGUACCGUCGCACUUAACAACCUCCUUCAGCAAAAGAACCAGCUGACUCUUCUCAGCUGGGAGGAGUCACGCUCGGGGCCUCACCACGCCCCUCUGUGGACUUCUAUCUGUAAGAUCAAUGGUCAAGAAAUAGCUCGCGGAACUGGGGCUGCGAAGUACCUGGCAAGAGACAUGGCAGCGAAGGCCGCACAUGAGUAUCUGACUCAAGCCGCGGCUGGGCAGUGA